UCUAGAGGCUGGAGAUUUAAGAUCUGGGUGCCAGCAUUUUCUGGUUCUAUUGAUGGCCCUCUUCCAAGUUGCAUACAGCUCACAUCUUGCAUUCUCAAGUGUUUUUCUUGUUAUAAGGCUAAAGCAUCACAAAGCACAUAUCAAUGAAUCAGCAAGAUCUAGAUCCAGAUAGUACUACUGAUGUGGGAGAUGUUACAAAUACUGAAGAAGAACUUAUUAGAGAAUGUGAAGAAAUGUGGAAAGAUAUGGAAGAAUGUCAGAAUAAAUUAUCACUUACUGGAACUGAAACACUCACUGAUGUAAAUGCUAAGCUAUCAUUAUUAAUUAUGCAAGUAAAAUGUUUAACUGCUGAACUCAGUCAAUGGCAGAAAAAAACACCUGAAAUAAUUCCUUUGACUGAAGAUGUUCUCUUAACAUUAGGAAAAGAAGAGUUCCAAAAAUUGAGACAUGAUCUUGAAAUGGUACUAUCCACUAUGGAGUCAAAGAAUGAAAAGUUAAAGGAAGACUUAGAAAGGGAACAACGGUGGCUGGAUGAACAGCAGCAGAUAAUGGAAUCUCUUAAUGUACUACACGAUGAAUUGAAAAAUAAAGUUGAAACAUUUUCUGAAUCAAGAGUCUUUAAGGAGCUGAAAACUAAACUGCUUAAUGUAAAAGAAUAUAAGGAGAAACUCUUGAGUACCUUGGGUGAGUUUCUAGAAGGCCAUUUUCCUCUGCCUGAUGGAAGUGUUAAAAAGAAAAAGAAAAACAUUCAAGAAUCAACUAUACAGCUGAUAACACUGCAUGAAAUGUUAGAGAUUCUUAUAAAUAGAUUAUUUGAUGUUCCACAUGAUCCAUAUGUCAAAAUUAGUGAUUCCUUUUGGCCACCUUAUGUUGAGCUGCUUCUGCGUAAUGGAAUUGCCUUGAGACAUCCAGAAGAUCCAACCCGAAUAAGAUUAGAAGCUUUCCAUCAGUAAAAGGAUGUUUUCUUUUUUCACGCAGUAAAAAAUCUUAACAUUCAAGUAUAUUGGAACCACAGGACUAUUUGGAUAAAAAACAUUAUUUGCAAAUUAAUUCACAUAGUCCAUCUUCCUUUUAUUGUUAAAUGACACAUGCUGCCAUCUGUUAUUCACUUUUACAUUGUCCUUUCUUAUUCAGUCAGUGCUUUGGUGUUUUUAAUUAUAUGGAUAAGAAUGCAGGUAGAUACUGUUCUAGAUAUAAAACAUUUAAUAUACCUUAUGCAAUAUUCUUCAGAAAAUUAUUUGCUAAUUUAUAAUAUUGCCAGUAUUUUCUUAAGAAGUAUAACAAUACCUUUUAUGCAUUUUAAGUUCCAAUUGGUUCUUUAUAUUUAGAAAUUAUAAUGGGAAGGUCAUUUAAUUUGCAGAUGGUUUUAAAAUUGAGGUAAUAUCUGAUGUAGAAUGUGGCAUGAUUUAAAAAUACUUAACAAAUUAGUUUCAUAUGUACUGCCUUAUUUCUAGAUUUGUUUAAAAUUGAAAUAUGAAAAAUAAUGGAUAAAGCCAACAUAAAAUUGAUAUUUUAGUUUGUAUUACUAAUAUACCGUGUGACCUUAAUGUUAGUCUACUCUGAUUCUGCUAAUUAUUACCAACAAAAUUGUAUUCAUGACAUUUUAUUAAUCCUCUGUGAAUUUUCUGUAAAUAAAAUUAUUUCUAAAAAUCUCUA